UUCAAGUUUCUUUUCCCAGACGAAGCUAACCACAUUUGCACUUGCACUUGCACGCACCAACCAGAACUUCACUUCCAGAAAUGGAAAAUCAAUUAUAAAUGUUAUUUAAAUCAAAGAUUAAAUUUACCCCAGUUUUUUUGUUUCAUUUUGCAGGCAAUUCCAUUUGUUGAUAAAGAUGGCGGCUGCGAGUUUGAGUUUCAAUCUGGUAGGGGCGUUCACAGGACUUUCCCUUGCUUCCACCUCAUCCUCGUCCUUCUUCAGAGGCGACUUCGGUCCCAUUCAUGUAGGGCACAACAUUGCCGUUUCCUUCCCGUUUAAAUCGCCGCUUACGAUUGAGUCGGCGCACAAGAAAGGAGCUGGAAGUACUAAGAACGGCCGUGAUUCGCCCGGGCAGAGGCUCGGAGUCAAAAUCUUCGGUGAUCAAGUCGCAAAGGCUGGCUCCAUUAUCGUUCGCCAGCGUGGCACCAAGUUCCAUCCGGGGAAGAAUGUUGGGCUUGGUAGGGAUCAUACCCUUUUCUCCUUAAUAGAUGGACUAGUCAAGUUUGAGAAGUUUGGACCUGAUAAGAAAAAGGUAAGUGUUUAUCCCCGAGUGGUGCAACCCGAGAACCCAAAUAGUUAUAGAGCACGAAAGAGAGAGUCCUUCAGAUUACAGCGCGAGCGAAGAAGAGCGAGAAGAGAAGGCACUGUAACUGAACCACAACUUGUGCUAGCUUCUGCUGCUGAAGACCUUGAAGAUAGUCCAACUUGUUAGCCUGGCAAUUUGCUGGCACUCCACAAUUGGAAUCAUUUAGUUUGUUUUCUUUCUUAUGGUGGUGUAUUUUAGAGCCACGGCACUGUCGAUUGUUGAGGAGAUGAGUCAUAUUUUCUGUGAA